CCGAAUUAAGCCUGAAUGCCUUCCACAUCCCCCUCCCCAGGCGCUGUAUAAUCCUCCGGGUUUAGCGCUUCCCCUUGAUUAUAAUAAUAAUACGUGUUCCUGUACCUGAAUAAACUUACCUGGAUUAUUAUAUUAUUACAUAUUUGAAGGCAGCGGGAGACAGCUGGUUGAUACACCUGUCUUCCUCCACUAUCAUCCUCUAUAAAACAACAACUGUUUUGAGCAGUUUCUUCUGAAAACUAUGUGGUAUCUUACAAAACAAAGAGACUGACAAAUAAGUUAAAAACUGAACUUUGGAUGUCUAAAGCACAGGAUGAGGGGAUAUUCCACAUUCUUCAUCACUUUGUACCUGUAACCCUCAAAGAUGGAGAAAACUGAAUCCCAUAUCACAACCGAAAAAACAAGCGAGUCUCCUGCCACCACCAGCUGGGAAAAGAGGAGAAGAGAGCACCUUGCCAGAUUGUUUGUAAAAGGUCUACCAAAGAACACAACCGAGAGAGAUUUAAUCAACUCUUUUAACAAAGCCAAAAGUGUUAAAAUAGUUAAAUAUAUGCAAGGAAAUAAAUGUGUAAGUACUGGACAUAUAACAUUUGCUAAUUUAGUUGAUGCCAAUGAAGCUUUGGCUGUUAAAAAUUACUGUAUCCAAGGAGAGAAUAUUGAAGUCACAAAGGACAACUUUACAGUUAAGAAGAAACCAGUCGACCAAAGUGCAUGCAGCUCACUUGAAAGACAAAUAAAACUGGAUGGAGAGAGACAAGCAGCUUUGGAAGAUGAAGGUACCAAGCAUAAUGGUACUAAGGAGGAAGAAAGCAUUGAUAGUUGCACUGGGAAGCAUCUAAGUGAUAAUGAAAGAAACGAUGACACCAAAGACAAAGAUGGUGAUGACAGUGAUGAAUUUGGCAAUGACAGUAAUGAGGGUAAGAGCGACAGUGAUGAAGAUGACAAUGAUGAGGCUAAAAAUGUUUGUAGUGAUGAAAAGGCUGAGAAUUAUGAUGUGAAAAUUGAUAAUCUAGCUGAAGGUGAUGGCAGUAUGGUAGGUAAGAAUUGUGAUUAGAAAUAAAAAAGAAAUACUUAAAUUUACCAUAAAUAUAUGUUCCUUUCGUAAAGUAAGUUCAGAACAUAAAUAUUGCACAGUAUUUGGUUACAAAGUGGAUAUUUAGAUAAGAGAAGGGGCACCUAUGUUAUCACAUAUCUUAUAGGUGCUAAUAUAACACCAUCAAUGUGAAGAAAAUGAGGAUAGUCUGCCAACAGCAUUAUGGUAUUUGAUACGAUAUUAAUAUUUCAUUUCUUCAUUUUGGUGUUCAUAUAUCACCCAGGCUUUUUGGUGGUAUGUAGAAAAUUAAUUAACACGAUUUUUUUUCAUGGGCAUUAGCAGGGGGUCUCUCCCAAAAUGUUUUAGUGUUGAAAAAAUUUUUAGGGUAGCAAGUUUGUAUGAAGUGGGUUUGAAUAGUUAGUCAUAUGGAGUUUGAGUAGGGUAACAUUUUGUGAAGGGAUUGAGGGAAACCGGUUAGCUGGACCCGAGUCCUGGAGGUGGGAAGUACAAUGCCUGCACUCUAAAGAAGGGGUGGGGCUAUUUGCUAUUUGGAUUGUCAUCUGAACUGUUGUAUCUGCUCGCCUUUGGCAAGAUGGUAAUAGUGUAAAUGAUGGUGAAAGUGUUUAUUUUUCACGUCACCCUACCUCCUUGGGAGAUGGCCAAUUUUAAAAAAAAAUCAUAAAAGAGCAUGGGUUGUUCAGUGCUGCUCAUUAAAAUUAUACACAGGUAUGAUGAAAAGUUCCUUUUUUUUUUUAUCACACCAGCUGUCUCCCAACAAGUUAGGGUAACUCAAAAGAAUGGGAAACACAUUCACCAUUAAUGAUUGAAUACCUAUCUUGCCACAAGUGUGCAGACAUAAUUCAAAUGAAAUAUCUUCAGGACUCAAAGUCUGUCUAAUCAGUUUUCCCUGAAUCCUUUUAUAAAUGAUACUUUGCUUACACUCCAACAGCACAUCAGGCCAUAAAAACUGUCUUGCUUCAAUCUAACACUCACACAUGCUUGCUGGCUAAUCAAACACCCAGAUAUUUAAAACUUUUACCCUUCUCUCUCACCAUUCCUGGAAUGACCCUUAUCCCUUUGUCAUUGUAUUCUGCUCCAUUAAUAUUCAUACUUAUUGAGAUCCCUAUUUAUGUUCUCUCAAAAAUAAUUCUUUUUUUUUUUUUUUUUUUUCAACAAGUCGGCCGUCUCCCACCGAGUUAAAUUUUCUACAUAACACAAAAGCUUAUAAGGAGUUUUGGAAUAUUGAAAAGCCUAAUUUUCAAAUAGAGUUGCAUUUGGGUUAAAAAUGGCUAAGUUUAUAGUUAGGUUUAUUAACUAAGUUUGUUUUGUAUAAUGUUAAGAUUUCUUUUUUAAAUUAGUGUCUUAAGAAACCAAGUGCAUCUUAAAACAUGUUAUGUAUAAUUUUAUGGAAUCUAAUGCAUAUGGUGUCAUGUUCUAUGGUGAAUAAAUCUUUUAGAUACAAAUGCUUUAUUUAAAUGUGUCCAUAACUUAAUUAUAUCAUACCAUGAUUUUGAUUUACAUGUCUCUUAUUAAUAAUUGUUAUAUUUGAUACAUUGAAAAAAAAAUACUUUUAAAAUUAGUUUAUCCUAAUGGAUGUAGUGUUAUAUACUGGUAGACUUUUUGGUGGUGGAAGGAUUGCUGGCAUGUGAAGUCAUUAGUUGUGGCUUCCCAUGCCAACAUGACUUAAGUACAAACAAGUUCCGAGGUUUGUUUAUCCCAUCAUACAAUGCAUGAAGGAGGAUUUUUUUUUAAUAUACUGUAAUCACCUAUUGCAAAGAUCCAUUUUCUCAUGUCUAGGCCAUGAUUUACUGCUCAGAGCAUAUUUGAGGAUGCUGUGAUUAAAACAGAUCUAUGUGAACAGCACUGGCAUCAAUACCUUAGGCCUAUGUGGGAGACGGUUAAAAGGUGAGCAAGGUAACUUUUAUGAAGAGAUUAAGGGAAAUAAAUUAGCCUGUGAUUUCUUGAGACUCUUCAAUUCUUGCUUAUGAAGGUAAGAGUCUGAGUGCAAAUGCCUGAUAUCCUUGCUCUGGUUUCAGAAUCCCAGGUCUAUGAGCAAGCACAUGAUAGAGCUCCCAUGGGAAGACCUGAACUAAGGAAAGCAUAAGCUUGACUUAUAAGCUGGAGCAAUGAGGAGUCAAGGACUUAGGGGAGAGCCUGUGCGAGGUCCUGGGAUCUGGGGCUAGGGGUCUGACUGAUCUACUAGAUUUUGGGGUUUAUAGUAUUCCCCCAUCUCGAAUAUCUUGUAUGGUAUCUUUCCUGAUAUCUUAGUAUCAAACCCCUUUCUAAUUAACCAAAUACACUUUUGUAAUAAGUAAUUAAGUAUUAAUAAAUUGUGACUGUGAAA